AUGGCGUCAAAACGUGGAAUGGAUUCCCAGGUGCAGAUUGUACAGAUCGAUGGUCUGGUGGCAUUGAAGAUCAUCAAGCACAGCCAUGAGGAAGGAGCUGGCGGCACAGACUUGGUGCAGGGUGUUCUGCUGGGUCUUGUUGUCGACAAUAGGCUUGAGAUUACAAAUUGUUUCCCAUUUCCCAAGCACGGUGAAGAUGAAGACUUUGAUGCAGUGUCUGUUCAAUACCAGAUGGAAAUGAUGAGAAAUCUCCGCCAUGUUAAUGUGGAUCAUCUGCAUGUCGGCUGGUACCAAAGCACCUAUUUUGGAUCGUUUAUAAAUCGUGCUCUGCUGGACUCACAGUUCAACUACCAGCAUUCUAUAGAAGAAUCUGUUGUUCUUAUUUAUGAUCCAUUGCGCACUACUCAGGGGUUCCUUUCAUUGAAAGCCUACCGUCUGACACCAGAAAUGAUGAAGUUCUACAAGGAGAAUGACUUCACACUGGAGAACAUGACAAAACAUAGCAUCAACUUUGAGACCAUGUUCCAAGAGAUCCCAGUGGUUCUGAGAAACUCUCACCUGGUGAAUGCUUUGCUCUGUGAGCUGUCUGAGAAAACCAGGAAAGAGCAGAAAUUUUCAUCUCUUGACCUGGGCACCAGCUCUGUGCUGGAAAAGAACCUGCGUCAGUUAAUGGAGUGUGUGGAUGACGUUGCAAUGGACACUAACAAGUAUCUCAACUUCCAGAGAAAUAAUUUCAAGCAGCAACAGAUGAAACAGCAGUACCUUGCGAAGAGGGAACAAGAAAAUGCCCAGCGGAAGCAGCGAGGAGAGCCACCUCUGCCAGAAGAGGACAUCAACAAGUUAUUCAAGCCACUGCCCACACCCCAGCGCUUGGACUGUACACUCGUGGCCGGGCAGAUGGACAACUACUGCAAACAAGUGUGCGAGUUUGCAGCUUCCAGCCUCGGAAAGUUGUUUAUGGCAGAAACUCUACAUACUGCAGAAGGGAGUGGAUAA